GGUUUUUGUUAGUGGUUUUAGGCCAGCCAUUGUGUCUCUCGUUAGUUUUUUCUUCUAAGGCCGUUUUUUAUCUGAAUUAAUUUCGCUGUCUUUUAUGAAUAAUCAAAAGCAGCAAAAGCCAACGCUAACCGGCCAGCGUUUUAAGACUCGGAAAAGAGAUGAAAAGGAGAGAUUUGACCCUUCUCAGUUUCAAGAAAGUAUCGUACAAGGCUUGAACCAAACUGGCACUGACUUGGACGCGGUCGCUAAGUUCCUGGAUGCCUCUGGAUGCAAGCUUGACUAUCGCCGGUAUGCAGAGACACUCUUCGACAUCCUGGUGGCCGGCGGAAUGCUGGCCCCAGGUGGGACCUUAUCUGAUGACAUGACCCGUACUGAGUACUGUCUCUUCACUGCAAAUGAAGAUCUGGAGACAAUGCAAGCUUAUGCUCAGGUUUUUAACAAGCUGAUCAGGCGGUACAAGUACCUAGAGAAAGGUUUUGAGGAGGAGAUCAAGAAGCUGCUGCUGUUUUUAAAAGGCUUCACUGAGUCUGAACGUAAUAAGCUGGCCAUGCUCACGGGUAUCUUGCUGGCCAAUGGGAAUAUCUCAGCAUCCAUCCUAAACAGCCUCUACAAUGAGAACCUGGUCAAAGAAGGUGUUUCUGCUGCCUUUGCGGUUAAACUUUUUAAAUCCUGGAUAAACGAGAAGGACAUCAACUCUGUCGCUGCCAGUCUGCGUAAAGUCGGCAUGGACAACAGGCUAAUGGAACUUUUUCCAGCUAACAAACGAAGCUGUGAGCACUUUUCCAAAUACUUCACGGAUGCCGGGCUGAAGGAACUGUCUGACUUUGCUCGCAACCAGCAGUCCAUCGGUGCCCGCAAGGAGCUCCAAAAAGAGCUGCAGGAGCAAAUGGCUCGUGGCGAAUCCCUCAAAGAUAUGAUCACUUAUGUGCGAGAGGAGAUUAAAAAGGCGAGCAUCUCCGAGCAGACAAUGGUCGGUAUGGUUUGGACAAGUGUCAUGAGCUCUGUGGAGUGGAACAAAAAAGAGGAGCUCGUCACUGAACAAGCCAUCAAACACUUGAAGCAAUACAGCCCUCUGCUGAAGGCGUUCACAUCACAGGGCCAGUCUGAACUUACCUUGCUCCUAAAGAUCCAGGAGUACUGCUAUGACAACAUUCACUUCAUGAAGGCCUUCCAGAAGAUUGUGGUGCUGCUUUACAAAGCUGAUGUUCUGAGUGAGGAGGCCAUUUUGAAGUGGUACACUGAAGGGCACUUGACUAAAGGCAAGAGUGUCUUCCUGGAGCAAAUGAAAAAAUUUGUGGAGUGGCUGAAGAAUGCAGAAGAAGAGUCUGAAUCUGAAGAGGAAGAGGGAGACUAAAGCUUCAGCUGCCAGAGCCACUGAAUGGUUUUUGUUACAGAAGUGCUCGUCUGUUUUAGUAUUUCCUUUUCCUUUCUUUUGGAUUCUACCUCCUGUUUUUCAACCUUAACACUUUAGGUGUCAUUUAAGGGCUCUAAUGGUUAAUUUUCCUCUUUUUAAAAAAAUCUGAUCUUAAGGUUUACACUUAACAGUGCAAUUUUUGUUUUUCUUUUCCACCCAAUGUGGCAGUAUCCAAUUACAACCUUUCCCCUUGCUGGUGCCGCCCCACCUCCGACACUAAGGAGGACUGUAGCUGUCGGUCAACACUUUACCUGCUAGAAGUAGUGUCUUGCAGAAGUAGUGUCUUGCAGACCGCUCUACCAUGUGUGCAACCAGUUGGUUGGUUUUUAGUUGGUGUUUGACCAUUCUGCCACUUUUUGGAAAAGCAUUUGCAAAUCCUAAAUUCUUUGACUGCUUAACUUUACUUCCUUAGGCCCUUAAUCUGAUGCCUUUAUAGCCUUGGGCAGUGGUUGCUCAGCAGUUAAGGCAGUGGACUAGUAAUAGGAAUGUUGCUGGUUCUAGUCCUAUAACUGUCAGGUUGCCACUGUUGGGCCCUCGAGCAAGGCCCUUAACCCUAGCAGUCACGACAAAGUUGCCUUGGUUAAAGGUGGCCACUAAUGUCAAGUGUGACCAGUCGGCUAACAAAUUAAUUCCCGUCACUAAACUUGAUUGCACUACAAGGUUACUGAUUUGUUUUCCCAAAAUUUCCUUGUCAGAAUUAUGCAAGUCUGAACAAAUUAAGGAACCUCAAGUUUGCCACUGCGUUUCAUAAGACCUCAGUAAUGUAGUGGUGCCAAACUGUGUCUAACUGAAAGUGCAGAUUUAGAAUUGUGUUAAUAUUUUAAUGUGGUUUAAAACUGAGUAUUGGCACAGGACUAAGCACACUUGGUUAAUGAAUCACAGUUAAGACUAUAAUCAUGUUACUGACUCGGUCAGUUUUCCCCCCUUUGGAGCCUUGAUGCCGUUUAAAAUCUGUUAGCUUCUUUGACUAGUCACCUAAAGCUAAUUGCCCUCUUAAAUGACCCCUGACUUUCUUUCUAUGUUUGAUUUAUUACCAGUUUCUUUAAUCUGACUUUUUUAAGAAAUAAAAAAAUCGGAAAUAAA